AUGUCAGCUAUCCAGCCACUAAACCCAAAGCCAUUUUUGCAUGGAUUGACUGGAAAGACCGUGAUCUGCAGGCUGAAGUGGGGCAUGGAAUACAGAGGUAAGUAACUUUAUUCAUUUUGUAUUUGUUGAAGUUUAGGCUGAGAAUGUUUUGAAUGACGCUAUUUGUUUUAAAGUUUGGAAAAAAGCAUGUUAUUGUGAUAUUGUAAAUGAGAAGGGUGCGCAUUACCUACUUUUUGCUAUAACUUUUUUGAAAAUAAAGGUUGAGACUUGAAGUUUUGUAAACUGUUAGCUUAUUAACUUGUUCAACUAAUGCGAAAAAGAAGGUUGGAAAAUUUUGCUUGGUUUAGAUGUUACAGUAGUUUUACGUAGAGGUACUGAAAACUCAGUUUCUUCAAGAUGCUUUUGAAUUUGGAAAUUUUCUUUCUUUUGUUAGGUGAACAGAUGUAUUAGCUACAAACAUACACAUUUUUCAUGAUUCUGUUUAUUUUUUGGAGGGAGUUAUGAUGAGAAAUGGCAAUAGUCUGACGUUUUUGAGGGCAAUGUCGAUGAACUGCGUUUCAAUGCUCGUAUAACGUAAAAAUUUCAGGUUUCCUGGUCUCCGUCGACUCCUACAUGAACAUCCAGCUGGAGAACACUGAAGAAUAUAUUGAUGGCGUGAAUACUGGCGUUCUGGGCGAGGUUCUGAUCCGCUGUAACAAUGUCCUGUGGAUAUCUGGCGUGGACGAGGAUUAG